GAAAAUAUAAUUAAUUUAAAGUUUCCAAUCUCCUUCUCCUCCAACUAAAACUACUGUAGCUAGCUAUCUCCAGUUCUACGUUCUUUCUAUUAAUAUAAAUCAUCUUCUUCUUCUUCUUCUUCUUCUUCUCUGUUUCGUUGAUUCCAAUAGAAGCUCUCACGAAUUCGUCGUCGUAUCAUCAGAUUCUGCUGGAGUUCCUGAAUUUGUUUAAUCAGAUAGUGUUGUUCGUCUUGAUCUAUCGCUACUAGAUUUGUUGUGCGUUUGUUGUCUUUGCUGAUAAUUUCCAGUUUCUCGGCUUAUGAUCUCGAGGUAAUGGCCACAGAGCCUUUGCACCUGGUUUUCAUCCUGCUGUGUUUUGGUAUUGGUGCAGUGACAAGAAAUUGAUUGUCAAAGGAAGAUUAUUUGCUUUUUCUCUGAAGUGAGGGAACGAGGAAAAUGGCAAAGAUGAUAAACAAGACGCUUGUACUAACUUAUAUCUACUUGCUGAUCUACAUUAUACUUUCUUCAGGAGUUAUACUGUACAAUAAGUGGGUUUUAUCCCCAAAAUACUUCAAUUUUCCACUUCCUAUAACGCUGACAAUGAUCCAUAUGGGGUUUGCUGGAUUCGUGGCUUUCCUUCUUAUUCGCGUCUUCAAGGUUGUAGCUCCGGUUAAAAUGACAUUUGAAAUAUAUGCAACCUGUGUGGUACCUAUAAGCGCAUUUUUUGCAUCAAGUCUCUGGUUUGGCAAUACUGCAUAUUUGCACAUUUCUGUUGCCUUCAUUCAGAUGCUGAAAGCUCUAAUGCCAGUAGCGACAUUUAUCAUGGCAGUUGUGUGUGGCACUGACAAACCAAGGUGCGACGUGUUCUCGAACAUGUUGCUGGUCAGUGUUGGAGUUGUGAUAUCCUCUUAUGGGGAAAUUCAUUUCAAUAUAGUUGGCACAGUCUAUCAGGUGACAGGCAUCUUUGCUGAAGCACUUAGACUGGUGCUAACUCAAGUUCUUCUCCAGAAGAAGGGUUUGACAUUGAAUCCUAUUACCAGCUUGUAUUACAUAGCUCCAUGCAGUUUUGUUUUUCUGGCCUUGCCUUGGUAUGUGUUAGAGAAACCCACAAUGGAAGUUUCACAGAUCCAAUUCAACUUCUGGAUAUUUUUCUCCAAUGCCCUAUGUGCUCUUGCCUUGAACUUCUCCAUAUUCUUAGUAAUCGGGAGAACAGGUGCAGUAACCAUCCGGGUGGCUGGUGUUCUCAAAGACUGGAUUCUUAUAGCCCUCUCAACUGUCAUUUUCCCCGAGUCCACAAUCACUGGGUUGAAUAUCACUGGAUACGCAAUAGCGCUAUGUGGUGUCGUUAUGUACAAUUACAUUAAAGUAAGGGAUGUGAAGGCGUCUCAACCAACUGCUGACGGUCUUCCAGAUCGAAUAAAUAAGGAGUAUAAGAUGGAGAAGAAGUCUUCGGAUAAAUUCAAUCCUAAUGACAGUGUGGAGAUCCCAAGAGUAGGAGGCGAGGUAAACGACGAGGAAGCCCCUUUGAUCACAUCCCGGUUGUCUCAUAUUGGUCGGACGCAGCUCGGAAAUCACGCUGCUUAAGAUGCUGGUAUAAACGUAUAAUAGACAUUUUGCUUCCCAAUUCGUUUUUUCUGUUACUUAGAAAAAAAAUCUUUGAACCAAAAAAAGAAGUUGCAGCAGCAUCAGGUGAAAAAUGUGUUGCUCCUUUCAAAAUUCCAAAUUUAUUAUGAGAUAGAAUAGCGGAGAUUAUUACCAAUGAUUAGCUUAAAAACGUAAAAAUUCUCAAAUUCGUUUGUAGUGAAUUGACGUUUAAGUGAUAUAUUUGUAGUCUUUAUUUCUUCCACCAUCAACAGACUCUGGAUUCAAUUUUCUGA